AUGUCCCUCUCCGAAUGGGACAUGAUCGGGGCCAUAACCCACGUGCCAACAGUGUUCUUCUACAGAUCAAGCACUUCAACCCGGCUCAGAACCACCGAUUCAGGCCUCCUCGACCACCUGAAGGACUCCCUAGCCCGGACCCUGGUCAAGUUCUACCCUUUAGCAGGCCGGCUCGAACCGAUCGGGCGAGGCCGGUUCGACCUGGACUGCAACGGGUUGGGAGUGCUUUUCAUCGAGGCGGAAGCCCAAACGACGUCGCUUGAUGACUUGGGUGACCUGUCGUGCUGCACGGAUUUCCAGCCGUUGAUCCCGGAGGUGGACUACGACCGUCCGAUCGGCGAGUGGCCGCUGCUGCUGGUCCAGGUGACGAAAUUCGGGUGCGGCGGGAUCGGCCUCGGGUUCAGCAUCUCCCAUGCUGUCGUGGACGGGCUCAGCGCGCUUCAUUUCAAGAACGAGUGGGCCCGUGUGACACGUGGCGAGGGGAUUGGGACGGCGCCGUAUUUGGAUCGGGGAGUUCUUCGGGCCGGCCUGCCGCCGGUGAGUCGGCAGCCCCGGUUUGACCCGGCCGAGUUCCAGCGCCCGCCGGUGCUUCUCCCCGAUGGACAUAAUCGUCAUUUCUGUAUGCAUGCAGGAGCCAAACCAUACCACCACGAGACGACAGUGGCCAAACUGAAGAUGACCAAGACCAAAGUCCAGAUGCUAAAAGACAUGGCGAACGCCGGCGGCAGGACUCCGUCGUCGACAUUCGACGGCCGUCCAUUUUCCACGUACGAAACCCUAACGGCUCAUACAUGGCGGUGCGCAUGCAAGGCUAGAAAGCUCAGACCCGACCAGCCAACAUCCGUCGGGGUCUGCGUCGACUCACGCAGGCGCACGAGCCCUCCGCUCCCCGACGCCUACUUCGGCAACGCGGUCCUCGACGUCAAGGCCGCCGCCCUCGCCGGCGACGUGGUGGCUAGGCCGCUAGGGUUUGCAGCCGGGAAGAUAAGAAAAGCCGUGGAGAAGGCGGACAGCAGCGAGUUCCUGAGCUCGGCCGUCGACUACCUGAAGAACCAGCCGGACCUGAGCGAGUUCCAGGACUUCCACGCGGAGGAUGAUGACGUUGACGACGGGCCGUUCUUCGGGAUGCCGAAUCUGGGCGUGAUCAGCUGGCUCAGGCUGCCGAUGGUGGGCCUGGAUUUCGGGUUCGGGAAGGAGGUCUACAUGGGCUCGACCCAUGAGUUCGACGGCGACACGAUGCUGCUCCCGGGCCGGGACGGAGAUGGCGCCAUUGUGGUGGCGAUUUGUCUGAGGGUUGACCAUAUGGAGGCUUUCAAGCGGUGUUUCUAUGGUGAUAUUGUUGUUUAA